AAGGAAUAACCAAGACGUAUUACAGCUAUGUCAAUGGUGAGUUAAUAGAUAUUCCAUAUGAAUAUCGCAGGCCUAGAGUUCACAAGAGUGAAAUGGCUAUUUGUUUCGAUUGCUGGAAAUUAGUGAGGAUCACUGAAGUAAAACCAAGAAAAGUAUAUUUUGAUGGAUGUCACAGAUGGGGCUAUGAAGUUGAGUCUCAAGAUUUGAUGAAGAAUCAUUGA